UACUCCGUAUAGCUCUAUCCCCUACGAACGAAGUAAAAUGGACCUUACCUUGGACGAGAUAAUUUCUAGGAUUUUGAUUAUUGCCAUUGGAUCAUUUGAUUCUACUCCCAAGGCAACGGAUAAUUCCUUUUGGGAUGGUUUAUCAGAGACAACAUCAAUUUGUAAGAACUAUUAAAACAAAUCACAAUUUGGUUGUCUAACUUACUGCAGUUUGUAAUCCAAUAUCUGACAGACUCAUGGAGAAGUUAUACAGGGAUAAAGCGUGAUCUACAAGGGGUGCAAUUUUCAAGGUGGAACCGUCUAAUUAGAUUAGGAUAGGAAAAGUUGUAGAUAUCUUCAGAGCGCCUAGUCUCCGCCACCGAAGAUGUUGCGGUCUUGCCGAUAUUUGGCUCGUGGUGUCCUUCAAAGACAGUUAGUGCAUAAAAGACUCAAUCCUGUAGCUGCAUACAGCGAUCAGCGAAAUGAGGACAAAGCCAUCAGUAAACUGGACAAACGUCUCCAUGAAACUGCCGAAGUUGUGAUAGUUGGUGGUGGCGCUGUGGGCGUCAGUUUGGCGUACCACCUUGCCAAACAGGGAAUGAAAGAUGUUGUCCUUGUGGAGAAAUCCGAGCUGACUGCAGGAUCAACAUGGCAUGCAGCUGGUUUGACAACUUAUUUCCAUCCUGGAAUACGGGUGAAGAACCUCCAUUACUACAGUCUCGAACUGUAUAAAAAGCUAGAGGAGGAAACAGGACAGGCCGUUGGAUUACACACACCUGGUAGUCUUCGACUUGCAGAUUCCAACGAACGGAUGGAUGAAUUACGCUAUCAGAUGUCCAGGCAGGGUUGGAAUAAAGCUCCACAGUAUAUCGUUACACCAGAAGAGAUUGAAAAGAUGCACCCAUUGCUCAAUAUGGAUGGGAUCGAGGGUGGACUCUUCAAUCCUGGUGACGGUCACAUCGAUCCCUACUCAAUGACCAUGGCACUGGCCAUUGGAGCACGGAUGUACGGGGCAGAAAUUUACCAGCAGGCCCCAGUCACUGGCAUGCGUCCUCAAGAAAACGGGACAUGGGAAGUGGACAUACCACAAGGGACACUCAAGGCAAAGAAAUUGGUCAAUGCCGCUGGUUUCUGGGGAAGAGAAGUCGGCAAAAUGAUCGGUCUCGACCAUCCUCUUUGCCCAGUUGACCAUCAGUUUGCCAUCACUAAUUCGCUCCCAGAAGUUGAGGCCCUUGAGAAUGAAGUCCCUGUCAUUAGAGAUCUGACUGGCUCUUACUACUGCAGAAUGGAAAAGAAGGGGCUUCUGUUUGGCCCUUAUGAAGCUGCCCAUAAGAUGAGACUUGUUGAAGAUUGGUAUAUCAAUGGCCCACCAAAAGGUUUUGGUAUGGAGCUCUUCCAACCAGAUCUUGACAGAAUCAACGAUAACCUAGAAAUGGCCAUGAACAGGGUGCCGUUACUUCAGAAAGCCGAGAUAACUAGUGUUGUCUCUGGACCUAUCACAUACACUCCUGAUCUCCUGCCGAUGGUUGGCCCUUGUCGUGGACCGAGGAAUUAUUUUAACAUGAUUGGAUUCGGGUAUGGUAUAAUUCACGCUGGUGGAGUAGGGAAGUACAUGGCUGACUGGUUAAUUUCUGGAGAGCCGCCAUAUGAGUUAGUAGAACUGGAUCCCAACAGAUACGGCAAAUGGACUGAUCAGAAAUUUGUGUUUGCCAAAUGCCGUGAAUCAUACGGUCUGAAUACUUUACUUGGGUAUCCAAAGGAGGAACGUGAGGCUGGCCGACCGACCAGUCGAAUCAGUGGCGUGUACAAGCGUCUCCUCGAAAAGGGCGCGGAGAUGGGAUUUCAUACUGGAUGGGAACAGCCGAACUGGUUUGUCCUACCAGGAGACGAAGGUGGUUACAAACCGAGCUUCAGACGGACAAACUGGUUCAAACCAGUUGGUCGGGAGGUCGAUAUGGUGCUGGAACGAGCUGGUCUGAUUGAUCUGUCACCGUUUGGAAAGUUUGAGGUGAAAGGAAAGGAUGCUGCCAAACUGAUGGAUCAGUUACUUGCAAACAAGCUGCCAAAGGUUGGACAAACUAAUAUAAGUCACAUGCUGACAACCCGGGGUACAGUGUAUGCAGAGCUGACAGUCACCACUAUUGCUCCUGACCACUUCUUCUGUAUAACAGGCUCUGGAUCUGAACAACACGACAUAAGAUGGGUGGAAGAAAAGGCAGCAGAAUGGAACUGUGAUGUCAGUAUAAGCAAUGUGACGGAGGAUGUGGCCUGCCUCGGUAUUGCUGGACCAAAAUCUAGGGACAUUCUAUCAAAAUUAACCACCGCAGAUAUGAGCAACGGUGCUUUUAAAUUUCUCAACACCAAAAGUAUUGACCUAGCGGGAAUUAGUGUGAAUGCCAUGAGGAUAUCAUAUACUGGCGAACUUGGUUGGGAAUUGUAUCAUAAACCAAGCGACACGUUGAAACUCUAUGAGGCCCUCGAGAACGCCGGCCAAGAAUUUGGUAUUGGCGACUUUGGAACUUAUGCCUUGAAUUCAAUGAGGAUAGAGAAGGGCUUCAGAGGCUGGGGAGCGGAGAUGACAGUAGAUCUUAAUCCAUUUGAAGCUGGCUUGGAUUUCUUCAUCAAAAUGAAAAAGCCAACCAAUUUCAUCGGGAAAGAAGCUCUGCAGAAGAUAAAGGCGACAGGUUUAGAGAAGAAGUUAGUGAUGAUGAAAGUGGAUAUAUCUGAUGUUGAUCCUGAAGGAAACGAAACAGUUUGGUAUCAAGAUAAGGUUGUGGGAAUGACCACUUCAGGAGGCUAUGGAUACCAAGUCAAGGAAAGUCUGGCCAUGGCAUAUGUUCCUCUCGAGCUUGCCCAGGCUGGGUGCCAGGUUUACGUGGAACUUCUAGGAAACAAGAGACUUGCUACCGUCCUGCCUGAUGCACCAGUUCAAAUUGAAUCUGCCCGAAAUAAACAAGCCAAAUAAUGCGGACAUAGACUUUCAACUGGCUGAAACAAAGCCGAAGCUUGUCUUUUAAAAACAGUUUCACGACAUUUGUUUAACUUCAGAGGCGUCUGUGAUAAUAUCAAUUUCGAUAAAAUUGUUCAGUGAUAAAGACAACAUUUUCUAGUGUACCCUUGACUCUGGGUUGAACUUUUGAUAUUUAAUACAAAGCAUAACACAACGUGACCUAAUGGUUACAACUUUUCUGGUUCCACUUAAAGUCACCUGUCAAGUGGUUUGAACCAGUUUAGAUAGGGGUUAUCUUAUCCAAAAAGUACCUGUUACAACUGAAGUGACUGAGCUGAUAUGCAUUGUUCAAAUAUGUUAAUCAAGUGUUGAUAUCAGACAUUGAAUACUAUGUGUUGUGGUAAAAGAUGUAUGUAGUUUGAUAUGACACAUAUUUAGGACAAUGUUUUAAGCUUCAGUUUUGUUCAUUUUAUUGUCAAUAAGUUACAUUUCAUUUUGUAUCCGGUAAACAGAAAAUUGUUGCUUGAUCGCUUCAGUACUAAGGUGUACCCAUGAAAUAGACUAGGUAUUCUUGUACCCAUGAAUUAAACAGGGUAUUGUUGUUGUCACCAUGAAAUAAACUGGGUGUUGUUCGGUGUGUAUAGAGAAGACAGCAGUGCUACCUGUCAAACCAUGUUAAACUAGGGCCAUGUUGACAUUUGUACCAAACUUGAGUAAUGUUGUUAUCUCCCUAUCAAAAAACCAUCGUUGAUUAUUUGCUCAAUUUCGAUAACUUAACUGUGUUUGCCAUUUUAUUGAUCAAACGGUACACAUCAUUAUUUAUUUACCAAAUAUGUUGCUGUAUUAUGAUUGGUUAUAAAAGUUUUAGACAAGAGUGUCUCGGGAACUGGGAGACAUACUAUUGACACAAUGCCAAAUCCACCUCAGGCUAGUCUUUCAGAAAGGUCAAAGAGUUUUAUCAAUUUGAAUACCAUUUAUCUUCUUAUCCUACCAGUACUUGCACUUUAUACUUGGUAAUGUAAUGACAUUUAAGAACAAGGACUAAAUUUCCAAGGUCUCACUCUGGUUAAACUUAAAGAUAUUUCAAAAAGUGCUUUGUCAAGACAUCUGGAGUAUAAACUGGUUGGUUAUCAAAUAUUUGUACUUUUGAACUAGUUUUGCUAGACUUGAAAACUAUCUCAGAACCAGUACAAUAAAACAAUACUAUUGUAUGCUGACCGUCACUGUUCAUUAUCAGCCAAGGUUUUGGUGGACUGUCUUAGUUAUCAAGGUUCACUUAUACAUUCUUGAUAAUAUUCAGAUGGCCUUGCACAGACAUGAUAAUUACUGACUUGUAAUUGUCAAAAACUCAGGUUAUAAGAUCACCUGAUUCAGAAAUGACGUGACAAACUAAAUUUAAAAACAUCAUAAGAUUUGAGGAGAGAUUGUAUUUGGGAUGUUUGAUAUAAAUGAAAUGUAAUUGUAUGUAUAUUUGGAUUGCAUGGAGGUGAACAUGAUGAAUAAAUAUAUAUAUUUUAAUAAGAAUAAA